ACCAUUCUUCUCAUCCUUCCGACAAAUCCUAUUAAAACGGAAGCGGAAGUUUGUGGAUGGCGGUUUGGGCCGCGGGUCGCUGACUUUCCGCUGGUUCCGCUCUCGGUGUUUUGAUUUCCACCCUGUACAGGACCGUCCCGUUCGCUCAUCCGUCUGCUCCGCAUCAGAGGAAUCUCGCAGCAUUAUGGGCACGCUUCUGAGAGCGCUUGCUUUACUGACUUUAUCGUGUUUGGCCGAGGCCAAACAGAAAGACUUUUACUCGUUUAAAGUGGUGAACAGCAGGGGGAGGUUGGUCUCUCUGGAAAAAUACAGAGGAUCGGUGUCACUGGUAGUAAACGUGGCCAGCGAGUGCGGCUACACCGACGAACAUUACAAAGACCUCCAGCAGCUGCAAAAAGACUUCGGGCCGUUUCAUUUCAACGUUCUGGCCUUCCCCUGCAACCAGUUCGGCCAGCAGGAGCCGGGCAGCGAUAAAGAGAUCGACAGCUUCGUGCGGCGGGUCUACGGGGUUUCCUUUCCCAUCUUCAGCAAGAUCGCCGUGGUCGGAAUAGGAGCCAACAACGCUUACAAGUACCUCGUGGAGGCAUCUAGGAAAGAGCCGACCUGGAAUUUCUGGAAGUACCUCAUCGACACCGAUGGCAAAGUCGUUGACGCUUGGGGUCCCGACGUCUCCGUCAAAGAAGUUCGCCCACGGAUAGCGGAUAUGGUUCGGAAGCUGAUCAUUAAGAGGAAAGAAGAGCUUUAAUCCUUUGGAUCUUCUUCAGCUCUGAAGACUGUAGACACUCAGACCUCAGAAACGGAUCUCUUUGAAGAAACACAUGCUAAUUUAAACCUAUUCAAAGCAUGAAGUGUGAGAUUACACCGGCGCAGCCCACUUUAAAUGGUCCUGUAUGCCCUUGUAUCACUUCUUCAACUUGGCUUACGUUAGUUUGUUGUUUUUCCACUUUUGUGAAGAGAAGCACUGAGAACUCGAGUUUAUUAAUGAACCACAAUAAACACUUCAUGCUUGAUAACAUACCACUAGCUACUCUGUGUCUAAUAGACCUACACGAAAUAAUGAAAUAUGAGCAAUGUGAUGAAGUGAUUCUGGAGUUGAAAUGUUUAUUUUUAUACUCCUGUUAUCAUUUUUGAUCUGUCUGAAAACUGACCCUGUUAUUUUGACCCUGUUAUGUUUUAGUUUGGUGGCUCCAUUAAAAGGUUUUGCCUAAGUUUUAUUUA